AAUAAUAAUAAUAAUAAUAAUAAUAAUAAUAAUAAUAAUAAUAAUAAUAGACCGAUUCGUGUACGGACCAAUUCUUCUAGGAAGGAAAAUGCGGAGACGGGAACGAGAUGAAAGUAAGUGGCAGAUAGAAGAGGAGGAACGCGGGGAAGCAGAGCAGAGCAGAAGGGAUGUCGGAAAUACAGCGCUGAACUGCCUUUAGGCUUGAAAAGACCUCCGCUAAGGAUUUCUAACAAAUACAACAAAUAAAGAAACAAAAAGAAUAGUUCUGCGUCAAAAUGGAUAACUUCAGUAUUUUCAGCGAGAUGGACAAUUCCGAUAUCAACCGGAAUCUCACCAGUCUCUACUCAAUGGCAACUGUUAUAGGACUCGCCGGUUUGGUAAGCUUCCUCAUUUUGUUUACUAUAGUUGGCAAUGUACUGGUUGUGAUCGCGGUUCUGACGAGCAGAGCGCUUAAGCCACCCCAGAAUCUUUUUCUGGUAUCUUUGGCCACUGCAGACAUCCUGGUGGCCACACUCAUCAUGCCUUUCUCUCUGGCAAAUGAACUAAUGGGUUACUGGUUCUUUGGGCAUAUCUGGUGUGAUAUCUAUCUGGCACUGGACGUCCUCUUCUGCACAUCCUCUAUUGUUCACCUGUGUGCUAUCAGCCUAGACAGGUACUGGUCAGUAACGCAGGCAGUGGAAUACAACCUGAAGCGCACACCACAGCGAGUGAAGGCGAUGAUCGUAGUGGUGUGGCUGAUCUCAGCUGUGAUCUCCUUCCCACCACUCAUCUCCAUGGACCGGAGCCAUGAAGGUGAAGGUGGUAUGGGUGAGCCACAGUGUCAGCUUAAUGACCACACGUGGUACAUCCUGUACUCCAGUAUUGGUUCUUUCUUUGCGCCAUGUCUCAUCAUGAUCCUUGUCUACAUUCGCAUCUAUCAGGUGGCCAAAACACGCACUCGAAACAUGUCAGAAAAGCGUCAUGAGCCGGAAGAAGCACCACGCCUUGAAAACAGUCUGAGCCGAGACGACUCAGGCAGGCAGAAUGGUCACUGUGCAUCUCCACCUCAAGUUGUUAAUAAAAAACCUCCCGAGGAAGAACCUGAUGUAGAACUGGAUGACAGCAGCUCCUCAGAUGAGAAGGCCAAGCGUCCGCGCCGGGAGUCUGCAGCAGGCCGGAGAGAACGGCGAGCCAGCCGCAAGAAUAGCUCCAGCUCCAAGCACUCAAGCCGCAAGUCCCGUGCAAGCAGCAAAUCCUUGGACCUGUUCUCCUCCCGCAGGAAGAGAAGGAGCACCAUGUCCAGGAAGAAGAUCUCACAAGCCCGCGAGAAGCGCUUCACAUUUGUGCUGGCUGUGGUCAUGGGUGUGUUCGUGGUCUGCUGGUUCCCAUUUUUUUUCAGCUACAGUCUGUACGGAAUCUGCCGGAAGCCUUGCGAGAUCCCAGAUGCUCUUUUCAAGUUCUUCUUCUGGAUUGGCUACUGCAACAGCUCCCUCAACCCUGUUAUCUACACCAUCUUUAACCAGGACUUCCGCAGAGCCUUUCAGAAAAUAUUGUGCAAGCCCUUGAAGAGAUCUUUUUAGACAAGCAUGAUGGUUGGGUGAGCUUAAUGGCACAGACACAAGUUUGACCUGACAGAAAAGCCAUGGAUGUUUACAAGAUAUAUACUUGUACUGUAUUUUGACAGCAGCACUAUUCAAACACCAACUGUCCCUCUGCAUCAAUGCCUUGACAAUCUUCCCACAACAUACGUAUUAAGGAUAAUCUGUUAUAUUGUCUCAAGCACUGAGCACUGUCAGGACAGCAGCUGUGGUCUGUCAGUUUAGACAGUAGCAAGGUCCUUCAAAAACCACCCACAUAAAAGCAGUGAUACUGUACUGUGUUUACGGAAACAGACUUAUCUUAAUUACAGCCACAGGCACUUGUGUGUUAGCAAGAGACAUAUUUAUGAUCAGUUUGCACAUAUGGCUUUCCUCUUUGGGACUAGAGGGCUAUGUAACAUGAAAGGUUAUUUCCUUUUUAAGAAGAGAGUUGUAAAAUAAAAGAGAUAAAAUGAAAAAAACUAUAGAAGUAUACAUUUUUUUUUAGCAGACAAAAUUGGACAUUGGUUAGUUUGGGAAUAGUGGAGGUUUCAGGCCCUACAGAGGGACAUUAAUGAAAGAUAGAUGAUAUGUGUGUUCACCUGCUAUUGCAAGACACCUCUGGAGGAAACUUUACCCAGUUGGGCUUUAAAAUGUUUGCCGUUAUCUUAAACCGUCUGCUAACUCAUGUGCUUUUAAUAAACACUGGAUUGCUGCUGAAGCUCUAUACGAUAAGAUGCCAUUAAUGAAAUCCAUACUGAACACAUAAUCGCAUUGUUAAAACAAAGCUGUGUAUGAUUAUAUAUAUAUAAGUAUUUAUAAGAUUACUGUUUAUGAAUUUAUGAACAACUGAUGCCAUUCUGUGCCCAUGCUUGCUGGUUAUAUCAUAUUGUACUACGGCACUGUAUAUGACAACACUGUAUGAUAUACAUUACAAAGGGCAAAGCCAUUUUUACUGAAUGUUUCUUUUCUGUAUGUCAUGAAACCUUUUGCCCUACCAGGGAGGCUUUUUUUUUUUGGCUCUGCCUUCUUGUGAUAUCUUUGAAUUGACCAUCCGGUCACCACAAGCACAUUUGAUGAACGAAAAAAAUUGAAUAAAUAAAUUAAUUCUA